CCUUUUGACUCCCCUUUAAGACUCCUUUUAAGACUCCAUUUUUUUUUCCUUGCGAUUUUAGAAUUUGCAGCUACCAUGUUUUGCCACGCUUUGCUUUCAGCUCAAGUUUUGUGUUGGUACUCUUCUGUUGUAGGUUUUAGGUGAUCAGACCGUUCUUUUCUUUCUUUUUUUAUAACAUUUUUAGUUAGUUAGGCCAGGGUAGGGAGAGUAUUUGCUGGAAGACUCACUCUUUUGGCUUUGGCCUGGUAGGGUGGUUUAGUAUUUUUUUUGUUUUAAAAAGCCUAGCUCUGGCUUGUUUUCUGCCUGAACCAUCCUGUUAAGCUACACAUGAGACCUCUUCAUCUUCCCAGCAGUCUCCACCAUCUUCUGCCUACUGCCACCAUUUGUGUUCUCGUCCCCAAGCUGGCCCUUUGACAAAGUCAAACACAAAUGACAAGAACAAGUGAUAACUACUAUGAGGACAAACAGAAUGAAAAAAUAAGCCAUAUUUAAUAGUGUUGAGAAUUAAUAACAAUGUUAAAAGCUUAAAUAUAUAUUAGGGGGAAAUUACAAUUUCUUUAAUGAGUUAAUAUUCACGAUUGUGUAGCCUAUAUAUGCAUUUUAGUCGCAUCUAUAUAACGUGCACUUACAAAACUGUGACCAUCCGCUCGCGCUUGGAAGUAGCUACUUAAUCGCUGCCUGGUGCUAGUGCUGAUUGUAUCGAUACGACCGUUGUAGUCAGGUCGGCGAAAACGGAAUGCCCUAUUCCUACAGCUAUUUGAGUCGAUGGUUUUAGAACGUUUAUGCUGUGUUUUAUUAUUGAAGCCACAUGGGAAAAGCACAUAUAGGCUAGACAACGUGCUUAAAUAAGUGUCCAAAAACGAACGAUAAUCCAUUUGAUUAUCCGUCUAUUUCAAUAAACGUAGACGUGUCGCUUACGUGGGCUGAACUUGUAUAUCUUAAUACUAGGCUACUAUUAUAAUAUAACAAUGAAAUCUCUGGACAACCGCGGCUUCAAUGGAAGGUCGAUUUGCGACAACAUUUGAAACUCGGCUACUCGAUAAUUGCACAUGUAAUAUAAAAUAUUAAAAUUAAUUAGGGUAAUGUUCUCACAAAAUUAUGUUCUUUUUCGAUUUCAGUAAUGCCAAACUUGAGCAUUCACUCAAUGAUUCAGAGACGCUAUUUCCCCUCGAAAAUUACAGUGACUGUCAAAUGAUCUUCAUUCCGCGAGCGUGAGGAAAUAAAGCGCUGACACGGUGUCCUAGGGGGCGGGGGGCUUCAUUCCGUGUGAUCAGCAGCAGCACCACUCUGCUCGGGGAUCCGGGUUAUCUACUAGAGCAGGGCACACGGACAGCAGCCUCCGGCGUCCGAGUCCAUACAUUGGGAUCGGCCAGUGAAUGCAAAGAGGGGAAACCUUUACAUCUCUCCGCUUGUUUUCCAAGGAUCCUUGAGGUGGGGGGAAUUUGGACUCCCAGACAAUGGUGACAGACCUCUUUGUGAUAUGAAGCUGCCGUGAUUUUUUCACUGUUGUGGGGAGAAAGGGCUGCAAGGAAAAAGUGCACUUCGUUUUGAAAUGCGCGUUCAUGCAGGGACAGGUUUUUGUUUUUCGGUCGAAAGCAGUUGAGGCAAUGCCUGAUAAUUUUUUAAAACACUCAAAAGAUGACAGCAUUGUUUAUACAAAAGCUCCAUAGAUGACCCAACAUUGGGGGGUUUGGCGCAUUCUUUUGGAGCCACACUUGAAGAUUUUCACCUGUUAAUGGUUCUAAUUUUAGGUUAACUCAGAAGACCAGUCACCUACAUGUAUAGAGUGGAGUAGAACUGCAAGUUUCGAACCUACGGUAUAAAGCAGCACCUGAUACCCCAAGAAAACAUUUUUUGGUGAUACGGAAAGUAACAAGAAACUACAUUGGAGAGCAUUGCUCCGCGUUACUUUUCACUCUGUUGAAACUGUAUCAAUCACCACUGGAGGCUGCCGUUUCUGGAUCACGUGCCACCUUCACAGAUGCCUCAGAGCAGGGCUUCUACGAGACAACACCACCGCAGAUGCGAUCUGGUACCAUUCUAAUGUUUUUAAAGGGUGUUGAUGGAGAGGAUUUCGAAUGACAGCCGGGACAGUGGUCAUCACAGGUGGAAUUUUAGCUACAGUUAUCUUACUGUGCAUCAUCGCAGUACUGUGUUACUGUAGGCUGCAGUAUUAUUGCUGUAAGAAGGAGGAGUCGGAGUCGGAGGAGGAGGAGCCCGACUUCGCUGUGACUUCCCCCCUGCCGCCCGUGCACUCCAACCACAACAUCGUUGCAGCAGCGGCGGGAGUGUCAACCCCCAACGGCCCCAACCUCUUCACCCCGCCUCUGUCCCGAAAGCUGACGCGCUCGCACACCUUCUGCCCGUCGUGCACGCACUACGAGCUGCCCUUCUACCUGCAGCCCCCGGAGGGCCAGCGCAACGGCGGGGGGCGCAUCAGCUACCGCACCGUGCAGCAGCAGGACCUGGACGUGCCCAUGGACCUGCCCAGCUUCCCCAAGCUCAACCUCACCCGCUCCGUCACCAUGAAGGAGAUGUUCACGCGCAGCUGCAGCAUCAGCACUGAUGUGUAGCGCCCCCCAGUGGCAUGGAGGUCCGUACCACGCUGGACAUGCGCAUUACCAGCAGCCCCAGUGCUAACACUGACACACAUGUGCAUACCAACCAGCUUCUGGGGGAUUUUUACAGUCAUGGUUUGCCUGGUGAGUACAGAGACAGCUCACCUUGAGGGUGCGGCUUAACCACCCCAAAAUCUCUCCCGGGGGGUCAGGGUGAACAGCCAUGUCACAUCCGGGGCUUUCUGUGUAUUUUUUUCUGGAGAACAGGUCAGCCUUUGGCCUUUUCACUGGCAGCUGUUAGUUCUCCCAUUUUUGUCUUUGCUGCUAAAAGAGUCCCAAGGGAAUGGAAAAGACAAGAGAAAGCACAGGAGCCCCUUCAGCACAGUCCAGCCCAUUACCUGCAUCCAGGACACUGAGCCACUCCCAACACAUACCCUGCCAUACAUGUAAGAUAGCUCAUUAUUAAGUUCGAUUGUGAGAGCUGUACAAACCACAGACAAAAGUUGCUGUUUCAGAGCCAAAGUGUGUGUAAUUCUGUUGAUGUAACAUAUGCAUUAAGGGCUUAAUAGAGGUUGAUAAUAAAGCUCAUGGGGAAGAUGUAUAAUUAUGGGUGUGUCUGAGAAGAGAGCAGCAAUGACUCUUUGCUUGGAGAAACUGAUCGGCAACAAACAAUCCUCUUGUUUUUUUUUUAGUCUUGCACAUAAAGCAAGUACUAACUUGUUUUGAAUUGUCCUUUUUUGAGAUGAAGAGUGGAAAUGGAGCAUUGAAAAUGGGGGAGUGUAGAGAGGGGAGGGAUGUGGAUGAUUGUUACAUUUGGAUUAUGGGCCUGACAUAGUCCUGCCAAGCCUGGUAUAAAUCUCCUUUUGCCCAGUGAUGUCAUUGUCCUGCCAAGCUGCAGUAAUAUGAAUGGAACAGGUAUCACACUUCCAGUAGGAUUUGAGGAUUUAUUGUAUAAUAAAAAUGUGUCAAUUAGCCAAAUACAACAUCUGAAAGACAAGUAAAUUGUUGGCCAGGUAGGUAUUCGCUGAUGCUCAAAUUUGCAUUGUUGAGAUGUAAAACUUAUUUCAGGUUUGCUGAUGGCUAUUGUGAAAAAUAUGAAGUCUUUUAACAGUGUACUACUGUAGAUACAGAACAGAAAAAUUAAUACAGUCUUUUUACACUUUAUUAUGUUUUUUUUUUUUUUUUUUGAUUCACUGGACUUUGUUGUUUCAAAUUGUGCCCUCAGCAUCACUUGAGUGUUGUGUGAGAGCGGUGGACUAACCUAUAGUCCCUCAGUGCGUCAGCUUCCCUGGACAGGACUGGGAGCAUUUGCUCCAUACUCGCAUUGUUAUACUGGGAUCAUUUAUUCUGAACUCGGCUCACAGGACUGUGAGAUCACAGUGGCUGUUCUUCAGUGAGAUCCUUUGUUUUUUUAAGUUUAUUCAGUAAGGGGCUUGGGACUUGCAAUUGAUUGGUUCACUUGUAUGAAUUUCUUGAAAUGCCUAAUUUGGUUCCCUUUGCCAGUGGUUUCUCAGCAAUAUUGUCUACUAGUUUAAAAGCUUUUCUGAAAUGUUUUAUUUCAAUAUCAUUAAAGUACUUUCAAGGUUUUUAAUAUUUCCCACUAUCAGAUGGAAAUCAUAGAUCAUUUCAUUUACUAAUUUACUUUUUUCCUGCUGCACAAUGUUGCCUAACAGUUGCCAUGUGAAGUUUUUCAGAGGGAUAUAUCAAAGGGAGUCUAAGAAAUGUAAGAUCCAUUCCUCACCCUAUCCAUUUCCCUCUUUUAUGCCUUUCUGUUCUCUGCGCUUCUCUCUUGGCCGCAUUUGAAUACAUCUGUGGAAUCAUAAAUUCAACUGGAUCAAAAAUGACUGCAGGGCUUCUGGGAAUCUGAGUGAAGGUCUAUUGAAGCUGUCUGAGUGGUGCCCUAACUGACCACACACUCACACACGCACACACACACACGCACGCAAAAACACGUACACACACACACACAUGCGCGCACACACACACACACACUCACACACACACACCUGCUCUUGGACACAGCACUGUUGCUUAGGAAAGUUAUGCUUGUGACUUUAAAAUGACCUUUGUCUGGACUUUUUAAAUGUGUCUCCCCAGACCAGAUGAUUAUCAGACUAUUGCAGAUGGAUUUUCAUGUCAGCAAAGAAAGUGUAUAAGAGACAUUAAUAUUGUUCUUAUCCAUAUUAUUAAAGAAAAGAGGUAUUAUCAUCGUUAUUAUUAUGAUUAUUAUUAUGAAGACAGUUGAUAUAUUGUUUGACGUUCUCUGACGUUCUUCUUGCUGGAUGUUGCUUUAUUGCAGUAUUUGUGUUUUCAGAACAUUUGUGCUCAGAUUUGAAAAGCUUUCUGUUUUCUGGUUUCCAUGAUAUCAAAUAAUGCAGACAUGUUACUGACGUGGUUUAAAAUGUAAGACUAAUUAACACAAUAUUGAUAAUAAAAUACAGUGAAAGUC